AUGCCUACCACAGCGGAACUGGCGAAAAAAAUUGCAUCUCUUGAAGCAGUGCUGAACGAGAAAUUGGAUACACUGAUCGAUGAUUUAGUAUCACGAAUUAACAUCAAGCUACAGAAUGUAGGACUAGGUGAGCACGCUUCCCUCUGUGAAAGUGUUCAGUUCAUGAACAAGGAACUAGACACGAUCAAACUAAAACAGGAAGAACUCGUAACCUCAAACAAGGCGCUCUUAUCGCGUAACGAAGCGCUCGAAAGAAAAGUGGCUGAUUUAGAGCAAUAUUCGAGAAUGAAUAAUGUGGAAAUUAAGGGAAUUCCUACAUCGCAGGGUGAAGACUGCGGAGUCAUUCUGAAGCGAAUUGGCGAUGCUAUCGAGUACCCUCUCUUACCCACUGAUAUCGACACGGCUCACCGUGUUGCCUCUAAGUCAAAUGAGAAGAACAUCAUUGCUCGCUUCUGCUCACGGGAUAAGAAAAACGAGUUCAUCAGGAAGGCAAGAAGAGCCAGGCUUCGCACUGACCACAUUGGUUUCACAGGUGGCACUAGCACACCUGUCUAUGUAAAUGACCACUUGACCAUUGAUAACAAGAAGAUGUUCUCGAAGGCGCUGGCACUCAAAAAAGAAAAUAAGUGGAAAUACUUAUGGACAGAAAACUGCCAGAUAAAAGCCUGCAAAACUGAUGAUAGCAGGGUCUAUCACAUCUUCACUGAGUCCGACCUUCGAAUCUUCACGUGA